CUUUCUUUUUUAUCAGUGAGUGGUGUGACUACAACCCUUGCAUACCAGUCUUGUCUGAUACAUCUUUUGCCCUUCCUCUGUCUCUUUACUUACUCCCACUGACCCUCCAUCACUAGAGGCCAAGAACAAUGCCAAAUUGAAGCUUCCUAUUUAAUUAUAAACACUAGCAUCACUAGCAAGAGAAGGGGUCUGUGUCAGUUUUUUUGUUGGCUGUAGUGGUUGAUAGGUAGUAAGAAGUGAGGAGUGAAAAUGAAUGAAGAGAUGAAUGGUGUUGAGGUCGAGAAUCAUCAAGAACAUGCGCCUGAGAAAAUAGAUUACGUGUUCAAAGUGGUGGUGAUCGGUGACUCGGCGGUUGGCAAGACUCAGAUUCUGUCCAGGUUUACCAAGAACGAGUUUUGCUUUGAUUCCAAGUCCACCAUUGGGGUUGAGUUCCAGACCAGGACGGUUACCAUUAAGAACAAAGUCAUCAAAGCACAGAUCUGGGAUACCGCUGGCCAAGAAAGGUACCGAGCAGUUACAAGUGCGUAUUAUAGAGGUGCCUUGGGGGCAAUGCUAGUGUACGACAUCACCAAGCGGCAGAGCUUCGAUCACGUGGCCAGAUGGGUGGAAGAACUACGUGCCCACGCCGACAGUUCCAUCGCCAUCAUGCUCAUUGGGAACAAAGCUGAUCUAGUGGACCUCAGAGCCGUUCCAACUGAAGACGCUGUUGAGUUCGCAGAGGAUCAGGGCCUAUUCUUCGCCGAGACGUCCGCUCUUAGCGGUGACAAUGUGGAUAAAGCUUUUUUCAAGCUGCUGGGUGAGAUUUACGGUGUGCUUUGUAAAAAAUCCUUGGAAUGUGGAAAUGGAAAACUCAACGGUGCUGAUCACGCCACCGCGUUGAAAGGAUCUAAGAUUGAGGUCAUCGCUGGUCCUGAUUUAGAAAUAAGUGAGAUGAAAAAAUUAUCUACCUGCUCUUGCUGAUCUUCUUUUCAUUUAAGGUAAUGUUUGCUUUAUUAACCUUAUUUUAUUUUAUAUUUUCUUUUGUGCUCUUGGGUUGUUUUUACAUUUAAAUCAUAUGGCAUAUUAUAUUUAUGAAUAUAAAUAUAUGGAAAUAGUUAUGGUUUAGGGAUACUGUCUUUGAGUCCUUUUUUUUGGUUUGAUAUGGCCAGUUCUAGUUGCUGGGGUGCAGACCUGCGCUAGGCUCCAUGCCUGAUUGUUCUUGCUUAUUCUUCAUUGUAAUGAAAUUAUAACUGAAACUUUAAUUGAGGUACAAAGCUGUUGGACUAGUUCAGCUAA